AUGAGUCAACAAACCGUCCAUGACCAUGCACUUGAUUGGAUUGAGGCUGCGGAGUCAUGGCUCAAUUCCUCGACUAAUCAGCCUCCUCAAUCCUGGGACACCUUGGCGACUCACUGUCUCUUGCUAAUUGCGAAGCGUGCAAAUUAUAUCCAGGAGGGUUCUUUCUGGACAUACACCGGGGCACUGGUCCGGUGGGCUAUGGCAGCAGGAUAUCACCGUGAAUAUCCAUCGACAGAGAGAACAUCACUCUACGACCGGGAGAUGCGUCGGCGCUUGUGGAUGACAAUCGUUGAGCUCGAUAUCCAGGCCGCUGUGGAAAGGGGGAUGCCCCCAAGCAUCAGAGCGGAAGAUUUUAACAUAAUUUCACCGCUGAAUAUCGACGAUGACAAGCUCCAGGAAUCAGGCCAAGAUUUCCUGGAAAGUAUGCCGCUCGCUACAUUCACGGAAGCGUCUUUCCAGGUCCAUAUGUACCGCUCUCUGCCUAUCAGGUUGAAAGUGUGUGCAUUCGUCAAUGGAUGUACGGAGCAAAAUGAUUUUGACCGGGUCUUACACCUUGGGGAGGGGCUAGAAAAAGCACUCCAGGAUAUUCCAGAAUGGAGCAAUUUCCGAGACAAUCCGCGACAGCAGCAGACUAUGUUGUACGUGAAGAGAUUACUGAAUAUUUACUUGCACCAGUAUGCACUCUUGUUGCAUAUACAGUUUGCAAUCCAAGCCACGCCAUCAUUCAAAUCUACAAUCUGCCGACGUGCAAGACUGGAUGCAUCUUUGAAGGCUCUUGACCAUUACCAAAAGCUCAUACAGGAUGGAAACGUACCGGAACAAGCUUGCAAGCCCGGCUUGGUGCUUGCUGCACUGAGUAUCUGCCAUGAAAUUUACACAACCUUUGGACCUCAAGCUACAAUGACAAUCUUGCCCCAAAUCUCGACAUUUCUCGUGACCACUGUUGAGCAGGUACUACCGAUUUUAGAAAAGAGGCUCGACUUGACAUUUCACGGAUUAAACGAAUAUUACCUCCUCAGUAUGGUAAUUGGAUUAGUCAAGUCCAAGCUGUGGCCAGAGUCAUGCGCAACGUCCGACAAAGAGGCAGCAGAUAGAGUGAUCCGCAUCUGCACAAUACUGCAGACGCGACGGGCAGCCAUCCAGUCAGACCACUCUCUGCUAGGUUCAAUCGAUAAUGGAAUUUCACGUGGGCUUCACUUACCAGAGGAUGCAAGCUGUAUGCUCCACGACGGCGCGACUGAACUACUCGGCUCAAUGGUAUGUAACUGGUUCCUGAGAUUUCGACGUGUUGCAGCCACUGACGAAGAUCGGACAGUUCUCAGAGGAUUUGGGAUUUUUUAA